CGCUACUAACACUUUCAGUUUGAAUAUUUGCCACUUUUUAAUAUCUCAAUCAUAUCUUUAAGCAGAAUGCAAUACAAAAACAUCGACAAUCUGUACAACACGACAUUAAAACGUCGUUGGACGCAUUAAUUUAACGUUAAGUCGCCUGUAAUUAUCCCUAUAAUUUAGCUUUGCAGGCGGGCCUACUGAAGCCUCGGGUUUUCCUGAGCGGUCAUAACCGGAGAAGUCACAUGCGAGCGUGGCGUAUGCAGGAAGAGGUUUACGUGUUAUUGCCCACAAUAGUCUUAGUUUACAUCUAUAAAUAAACGUCUUAAAGCUGUGAAUAAGCGAUUGACUAAAUGCAUAUUCGUAUUAACGUCACGUUACCUGUUUUAUUAAUACAGUACGCAUACAAAAUACAAUGUGCAGUUUAACUUACAUUGUUUUGUUGACAUGAGUCAUCAUACAUUUUUGACGUUUUGAAACAUUUAUUACCCAAUAUUUUUACGUUUUCCGGGAUCCAGACGAUCAAGUUCAGGCAAACAAUACCACCACACGCAACACAGUGAUAUUUAAUGACACGUCGAUCAACAUUUGCAUGUCGAGUUACCUCAGGGGGAAAUGGCAUUUGUUGAUCCAGGCUUUACAUCUAAGUUAUAUUGAAUAAAAGUAUUCCAAUGGAUAAGAGAUGAGCUUUCAAGUACGUCCGUCUUGAGAAAAAUACAUUUUAUUUGUGUGUGUACUGUUUGCCGAGCGGUUAAGCUUGUAAAUGUCAAAAUAAACAUAGGUAAAUAAACAAUCGCAGUCCAGAGACUUUCACAUGAAGGACAUCCAUCCGAAGUAUUGUACUGAUGACUUGAACUUUUGCUCUUUCAUAGUUUUGAUUUAUGUGGUUUGGCCGAUAAUAAUCCACGCGCGUCAUCGCUUUGGUCCAAACACUCCGUUAUUUCACCUGUUACUGGGCUGAUAAGCCCCAAAUCCAUGUGCUUAGCUAGCAGCUGGGCGGGUGUAGUCAGACGGGGCAAGCCCGGGCAUGCUUGCAAAAAGACGGAGAGCAGGAAACUCAUCCACCACUAGGGCGUCCGAAGCCAGUCAUGCUUUGACUUGUCAUGCCCGUACCCGCCCAGGACAAGCCGAUCGCGGCUGUGGAUUCUAGCCCCGACAUGUCUGACAGAGUCUAUUUAAAACGUAGACCGGCGCUCAACCGUCUCCCACUCCUCACUCACCCCGAGCUCAAGCACGUUAUGUACAGCUACAGAGUAUUUAUGAAAGACUAGAAUAGCCAACCUACCUCUGUUUGCACAGAUAUAUUUUAUGCAAUAUGGCAACAGAAAGUUGUUUAAGCAGUUCUCAGAUCAACAAGGUUGACAAUGAUAAACUGGUGAGACCUAAAGUGCAAUUGAAAAGCCUGUUAGAGGUCGCAGGUGCAGAUAAGGACGUUUUCACCAUGAAGGAGGUUAUGUUUUAUUUGGGAAAGUACAUCAUGAGCAAAGAGUUGUUUGACAAGCAGCAGCAGCACAUAGUUCACUGUGGAGAUGAUGCUCUUGGUGCUGUCCUGGGAGUGAAAAGCUUCUCGGUCAAAGAGCCCCGUGCUCUCUUUGCAAUGAUCAGCAAAAACCUUGUGACGGUGAAGAACCCAGAGACUCAGUCUAGCUUCUCAGAACCAAGGAGUCAAAGUGAACCUGAUCGAGGGCCUGGGGUAAAUGCUCGUUUUCUCAAAACUCCCUUAAAGGACACGGAUCCAGAGUCUCGCUCAUCUACCUCACAACAGCAGCGCAGGAGGAGGAGGAGCAGUGAUCCAGAGGCUUCCUCCGUAGAAGAUGAGCCCAGAGAACGCAGGAAGAGGCACAAGUCAGACAGCAUCUCCCUGACGUUUGAUGACAGCCUGUCAUGGUGCGUGAUCGGUGGUCUGCGCAGAGAGAGGGUAAACAGCGAGUCUUCAGAUACACACAGCAACACUGAUGUAGGUAUCUCUCACAGUGAUGACAGUGGUGGGAGCGAAGAUUCUGACUCUGAUUCUGAUAACUUUAGCGUGGAGUUUGAAGUGGAGUCCAUUGACUCUGAUGACUAUAGUGAGAAGGAUGGGGAUUCAGUACCAGGAGACGAUGAGGUGUAUGAAGUCACAAUCUUCGCAGAGAAUGAAGAUUCAUUUGAUGAGGAUACUGAGAUAACUGCGGCAGACUACUGGAAGUGUGCUAAAUGUGACAACCUCAACCCUCCUCUUCCUCGACACUGCAAAAGCUGCUGGAAGGUCCGACCUGGCUGGCUUCCCUCAAAACCCUCCAGCCCUCUCUCAGAAACAGACGAAGGAGUGGACAUGCCCGAUGGCAAGUUCUCGCAUUCUUCAACCCCGGCCAAAGAUGAAGCUCCUCCUGCCUGUGGCUCCAUGACUGAUCAACCCACUUCAUCACAGCCAUCUACCUCUUCAGGAGGCUGCAGUCAGGAAGAGACCCCUGAGCUGGAGCGUUUUAACAGCUUGGAUGCAUGCCUGCCCUCCACUUUCCUAGAACCCUGCGUCAUCUGUCAGAGUCGCCCUAAGAAUGGCUGCAUAGUCCACGGAAGGACUGGACACCUCAUGGCAUGCUACACAUGUGCCAAAAAACUAAAAAAUCGCAACAAGCUGUGUCCGGUGUGCCGAGAGCCGAUCCAGUCAGUUGUGUUGACGUUCGUGAGCUGAAUCUCAGAUAUACCUCCCGCACAUUAAAGUGUAUUUUAAGUUCUAUAAAUAUUCCUUGCGUCGUGAGGUAAUUGUAAUGUUUUUCUUAUUAAUUAAAGAGUUUAAUUUAUAAUUA